AUGUCUACAGUUACAAGAAGAAGAGUUGGAGGACAAAGUGCCAACUCGGACGAUGACACUCCAAACGAUUCCUCACAACACUACCAUCAGCAACAACAACACAGCAACAGCCCCAUGGCUGACAAGAAAGUAGCCUAUGACCCGCGUGAUAUAGACGAGAGUAAAUCUACACCCAAAUUGACAUUGAUGGAGGAGGUGUUGCUAUUAGGUUUAAAGGAUAAACAGGGCUAUCUUUCAUUCUGGAAUGACAGCAUCAGUUACGCUCUGCGUGGUUGUAUAGUCAUUGAACUGGCUCUUAGAGGAAGAAUCGCCAUGGUCAAAGAUUCAAACCGCCGAAAGUAUCCUCUUUGUGAUAGAUACAUUGAGGUGAUCAACGAGAAUCUGACAGGUGAAGUUUUGUUGGACGAAGCUUUGAAAAUGAUGAAGAUGAGCGAAAAGAUGAGCGUAUCCAGCUGGAUUGAUUUGAUGAGCGGCGAAACGUGGAAUGUCAUGAAGAUUGGAUAUCAAUUAAAGCAAGUUCGUGAGCGUUUAGCUAAAGGUCUUGUUGAUAAGGGUGUAUUGAGAACAGAGAAACGCAAUUUUUUGUUAUUCGAUAUGGCCACGCAUCCAGUAGCUGAUCCUGCAGUCAAAGAGGAAAUCAUCAAGCGAGCUUGCACCAUGUUGAUUACUCGAGUCUCACCUGCUUCUGUAGAUGCUCAGUCAGAUGUACCUCAUGCCUAUGUUAGAACUGUUAGCAUGAUCUGUGCAGCCUACGCAGCCAAUGUGUUGGAAAAUGCUCUGCUCUAUCUUCAACCUGAUUUGAGAGAACAAGCAUUCAACAAGGUAGAUGAGCUGAUGAACGACUAUUCCUCUUGGCCAUUCACUGGUAGCAACGGCAAAGUUGAAAUACCCUCUGGAACAGAUCUCUCGUUGGAAGUCGUUGCAAGUGUUUUGAAUGUGCUUGCAAAGAUGGAUGCUAUUCUGUAA